CUAUUGAAUAUUCAAAGCUUGAUGGAACAAAUAAUAAUUUGAAUAAUCCAAAAGCUGGUUCAUCUGGUUCACCUUAUCUACGUGAAGUUCCCACUCAGAAAUCUUUUUUCUCAAUUCAAGAUUCAAUGAUACCUUCACCUGGAGACUAUAAUCCUCUUCCCGUUGGAACUGCCAUUAAAUGUUCAGACAUUUUACCUUUUAAUGAUUAUCCUUUACCAAGAUGUAUAAGCGAUAUUCAUAAUGGUUAUCAAACUAAAUUUCAAGAUAAAUUUAAUUGGGAAAUUAUAAACUCGUUUAAGAGCAGUAGAAAAGUUUCUCAUAUGGCUACAUUUUGGGGACAAAUGGUAGGAUUUGAUAUAGCCAAUGCUAAAGCUGCAGGAGAAGCAUUCGCCAAUGGUGUAAAUGGUGCAACAUCAUUUAUUGAUGCUUCAUUUUUAUACGGGACAAACGAGACAAGACUCAGGACAGAAUUGAGAGAUCUUGGAAAUCGAGGAAAAAUGAAGUUAAUAACCUCUGGUUCUGGAGAUAAAAAACUUGGCUAUCCACCUAAAAGCCCAGUUGAUGGAAAAUACAUACUUGGAAUUACUUCUAGAGCUAGUCAUGUGUUUACUGAUAUGAUUCAAACGAUAUUGCUGAGAGAACAUAAUCAAAGAUGUGAUAAUUUAUAUCUACAAAAUGGUGAACAGUGGAAUGAUGAUAUGUAUUUCCAGGAAGCAAGAAGAUGGAUAAUCGCUCUAGUACAAAAAAUCACUUUUAAAGAAUAUUUUAGUGUUGUAGUCGGAGUCCCGUUAUUACCACCUACUGGAUAUAAUCCAAAUAUAACCCCCGGGGUUGAUACAUUUUUUUCGACCGUUACAAUGCGUUAUGGACAUUCUGAAGUUAGCAAUGAAUAUCCUAUUAUUGAUAAUAAUGGACAAGUGAUGUUAACAUUGACUUUGAAUGAUCUUUCAAGACCUGGUUUAUUGGAAAAUUUUGAUGUACCAACAUUGGCUUUGUCCAUCUCUUCACAAAGACAAGAACAAGUUGAUCCUUUCUACUCUGAUAUGAUGCGUAAUUAUAAAUUUAGUAAUGACGACAUUGCCGAUAUUGCCAGCCUUGACGGUGUUCGUAGCCGUGAUCGUGGAAUUCCAUUAUAUAAUGAAAUCAGAACUGCAUAUAAUUUUAAACCAGCAACCGAUUGGUCUGAUAUAACAAAUAAUACCGUAAUACAAACUCGUCUAAAGCAACUUUAUACUAGCAUUAAUAACGUUGAAGCUUGGGUUGGUGCUCUUGCUGAAGAUCAUCUUCCAGGUUCAAAUCUCGGCCCUCUUAUACGUAAAUCCAUGAUUGAUCAAUUUACAGCAAUACGUGAUUCAGAUAGAUUUUAUUAUGAAUCACCUGGAUCAGGCUGGUCAUUGGAUGAGAUUAAUCAAAUAAAUAAUAUAACGUGGCGUGAUAUUAUUACCAGAAACGUUCCACAAUUCACUCUACCAACGAACAUAUGGUUUGUACAACCAAGUGUCACAUUUGGUACAACAAACAUAUUUGACAGUAAUGCUCCUGACUACCCUUCAUCAAACUAUUUACGAUUAUCAGAUGUUUAUGAGAUUAGGUGGAAGAUCGUUGGAGAUGGUAAUACUGGUCAUCUCCAACUCUUAUUGACAAUGUUAAGUGUCAAUUCUUGGUUUGGGCUUGGAUUUAAUUCAAUCGAUAACGGAAUGCUUGGUGCAGAUUUCAUUGUUUUGCGUAAUAGUGAUGAUGGUCAGAAUGUCGAAGUUGGGAAUUACAAAAGUGCUGGCUACCAACCACCUAUGAAAGAUGUUAAUAAUCAAUAUGUUGAAGUGUUGAAUCAGAAGUUUGUAAAUUUUACUACUCAAGUUGAGCUUAGACGUCCUUUAAUUGCUUCCGAUACUAAACCAAUUAACGACCAAUUGACCACAAUGAUUUAUGCAUGGAAUCCUGGUAGUAAUGUAAUAUCAUAUCAUGGUGGCAACCGUGGAAGUAUGAAAGUAAAUUUUUUUACUGCAACAAUUUUACAACAAUCCGAAUCAAAAAAUCAUUUUACCAGGUUAUUACACGGUUUAGCAAUGUUUUUAAUAUGGGCUAUAUUAUUUCCAAUCUCCGUUUUCAUAGUCAGGUAUUGGAAACAUACUGACAAAUAUUUGUUUCAACAUCGUAAUCUGCAAAUUGUUGGUGGAUUUCUUUCAUUAUGGGGACUUGCUAGACUUGAAUCGGCAAAUAAAGGAAUCAUGAAAGGAAUUAGAGCGUUUCAUUUUGUAUUAGGAAGUGCUCUAAUAGCGUUUGCAUGGGUGAACAUAUAUUAUGGAAUUACGCAAUACCAGACAUAUUCAGAUGCGUAUAAUGGUGUUAGAUUUAGUAUAUGGCAAAUAAUUUAUUUGAUAUGGAUAGGAUUAUUAUGUAUUGGAUUUAUUUGUGGAGAAUAUUGGUACAAUUAUCGAAAUGGUGUUUUCUUUUGGAACAAUUCUGAUCCCGAGCAUAAUCAACAUCGUAUUGAAUCAUUAAUUAAUGAUUAUAAUAAAUUGCCUGACAUGACUUGGGAUGAUGUGAAUCAAAGGGUAGCCAGUGGUGCCCAUUUGGUAGUAGCAGAAGGAAUAGUUUUUGAUAUUAGAAAAUGGAUAAGUAAUCAUCCUGGUGGCGCUAAAAUAUUAAAACGUGUUAUUGGAACUGAUAUAACGCAAGAUUUUUUUCAUGAUAAAUCAAAAAUACAACAAACACAACCAAUACAAAAGCCUAUUAAUAAAAAUUUAAUAAUACAAAGUAAUAAUGACGCGGAGAAAUUAUUGUAUAGUCGAGCUAAAGUCGCUACAACUGAUAAAUAUGAAAAUUGUGACGAUGCUGAUUUUGUUGAAGAUGUAAAAGUUGAUCAAAUCAAUUCAAAAACUUCUUUUAAUAAUAAAAUAUCACGUGUAGCGGUUCAUAGUCAUAGUAAAUUUGCCGCAACAAAAUUAGCUACAAUGGCAAUUGCAAAAUUAUUAAAGGAUGAUCAUCUUCGUAAUAAUCAAUUAACGUUCUUACCAUCUUCUCAAUAUAACAACAAUGAUAUAUCAUAUGAUAAUACAAAAAUCUAUGACAAUACAUGUAAUCCAAAUAUUUUUCGACGUUAUAUUCUUGUUCGAAAAGAAACACUUAAUAUUAAACCGGAUGUUAAAAGAUAUCCUGUUCGUAGGUUUACUUUCCAGACCAUUAACCCAGAUGAUCGACCAUUACCUAAUUUUCAACCUGGGGAUUAUAUGGAGUUCAUGACUCAUACAAAAGGUCAAGUUAUUAUUAGACCUUACACAACAUUGCAAGAGAAAGGUCAAGGUCAGGAAAAUAGUAAUAAAUCAUUUUCUAUUAUUGUCAAAAUUUACGAAAAUGGUUUAAUGUCUAGACAUUUGGACAAACAAUUAAUUGGAUUUGAGAUAAAAGUUAGAGGUCCAUUUGAUAUAAGUACACGUGAUCCAUCAUCAGCACCGUUAACAUCAGCAACUUUACUUUCACCAAAAAUUUUUAAAAAAGAUUCACCUCCAUUAACAUCAUUUCCUUUGACCUCUCCAUCACUUUCGUCACCGCCACUAACAAAAAACAUUUUAUUAAACCCUUUAUCACAAGAUGGAUGUUGGGAUGUGUUAUUUAUGAUUUGUGGUGGUACUGGGUUAACUCCAAUGUUACAAUUGAUCAAUCAUCAUUUUGAUGAAGCAAUAUCAAAACCAUUCAAGUUAUUUUUAUUAUUUGCAAAUAAUACAUUACCCGACGUGUUCAAUUCAGAUUAUUUAGAAAUGGUUGCAACCAAUAAUAAAGACAGAUUCAAAGUCUCUUACAUAUUGACCAGGCCGCCACCAAAAUGGGAAGGAUUUACUGGACAUAUUAAUGAAAGGACUUUAAUCAAGUGGAUGAAAAGUUGUCAUCCAAUUGAAAAUCAUAAUGAAAUGGCUUUUGGUCGUGGUAUAAUUUAUGACGACAAUAAUAUUAUUUAUAAUAAUGGUGUUGUUGUUUGUGGACCACCAAUAAUGAUGGAAUCCGUUGAAAGUAGUCUAAUUGAAAAAUUAAAAUUUAAUAGUGAUAAAGUUAUAUUUAUUAGAUAA